CCUGAUGGAAGAGCUGGUGGGGCUGCGCGAGGGGUCCUCGGGGAAUCCUGUGACUCUGCGGGAGCUAUUCAGUCCGUGUCCCCGCAUUCGCAGAGGCAUCCGAGAUGGCCUGGAGUGGCUGAAGCAGAAGCUGUUCCACGUGAGUGAGGACUGGCACCUCCUGAUGACCCUUGGGGUGCUCAUGGCCCUCAUCAGCUAUGCCAUGGACUUCGCCAUUGGGCGUGUGGUCCGAGCACACCAGUGGCUGUACCGGGAGAUCGGGGACAGCCACCUGCUCCGGUAUCUCUCCUGGACUGUGUAUCCCGUGGCCCUCACCUCCUUCUCAUCGGGCUUCUCCCAGAGCAUCACACCCUUCUCCGGAGGUUCUGGCAUCCCGGAGCUGAAGACCAUCCUGACUGGCGUGGUCUUGGAGGACUACCUGGAUAUCAAGAACUUCGGGGCCAAGGUGGUGGGCCUCACCUGUACCCUGGCAUCUGGCAGCACCGUGUUCCUGGGCAAAGUGGGCCCCUUCGUGCACCUGUCUGUCAUGAUGGCUGCCUACCUGAGCCGCGUGCGCAACAAGGCCAUCAGGGAGUCUGAGAACGACAGCAAGCAAAAGGAAAUGCUGGUGGCGGCGGCGGCGGUGGGCGUGGCCACAGUCUUCGCGGCGCCCUUCAGCGGCGUCCUGUUCAGCAUCGAGGUUUUGUCUUCCCACUACUCGGUAUGGGAUUACUGGAGGUGCUUCUUCGCUGCCACCUGCGGGGCCUUGAUGUUUCGCCUCCUGCCUGUCUUCAACAGCGAGCAGGAGACCAUCACCACCCUCUUCAAGACCAGUUUCCGAGUGGAUGUCCCCUUUGACCUGCCCGAGAUCUUCUUUUUUGUGGUGCUGGGGGCCAUCUGUGGCAUCGUAAGCUGUGCAUACCUCUUCUGUCAGCGAACCUUCCUUGGCUUUAUCAGGACCAAUUGGUUCCUCUCCAAACUGCUGGCCACCAGCAAGCCGAUGUACUCCACACUGGCGACCUUGAUCCUUGCCUCCAUCACCUACCCUCCCGGUGUGGGCCGCUUCUUGGCCUCUCGGCUGUCCAUGAAGGAACAUCUGGACUCCCUGUUUGACAACAACUCAUGGGCACUCAUCACCAGGAACUCGUCCCCACCCUGGCCCCCCGAGCCUGACUCCCAGAACCUGUGGUUUGAGUGGUACCACCCACGGUUCACCAUCUUUGGGACCCUUGCCUUCUUCCUGGUUAUGAAGUUCUGGAUGCUGAUUCUGGCUACCACGAUCCCCAUGCCUGCUGGGUACUUCAUGCCUGUAUUCGUCUUCGGAGCUGCCAUCGGGCGCCUCUGGGGGGAGGCCCUCUCUCUCGCCUUCCCCGAGGGCAUCAUGGCUGGAGGGGUCACCUAUCCCAUCAUUCCCGGGGGGUAUGCCCUGGCAGGGGCUGCGGCCUUCUCAGGGGCAGUGACCCACACGAUCUCCACCGCGAUACUGGCCUUCGAACUGACUGGCCAGAUCCUGCAUGCACUGCCUGUACUGAUGGCGGUGCUGGCGGCCAAUGCCAUCGCCCAGAGCUGCCAGGCCUCCUUCUAUGAUGGCACCAUCAUCGUCAAGAAGCUGCCGUACCUGCCAUGGAUCCGGGGCCGCGGCAUCGGCUCCCAUGGUGUGAUUGUGGAACACUUCAUGAACUGCACCAUCACCACGCUGGCCAAGGACAUGCCACUGGAGGAGGUGGUCAAGGUCGUGACCUCCACGGAUGUGGCCGAGUACCCCCUGGUGGAGAGCACAGAGUCUCAAAUCCUGGUGGGCGUCGUGCGAAGGGCCCAGUUGAUGCAGGCCCUCCAGACUGAGUCACCUUCCUGGGCUCCAGGACACCAGCAGUGUCUCCAGGAUGUCUUGGCCGGGGGCUGUCCCAUGGAGCCCAUAACCCUACAGCUGUCCCCAGAGACCUCCCUGCACCAGGCACACAAAUUCUUUGAGCUGAUGAACCUUCAGUCCCUCUUUGUGACGUCGCGCGGCAGAGCUGUGGGCUUCGUGUCCUGGGUGGAGCUGAAGAAGGCCAUUUCUAACCUGACAAAUCCACCGGCCCCGAAGUGAGCCAGCCUGGCCAGAUGGAAACGGGGCACUCAGUGGCCUGGUGACUGAAGUUGG